UACUCGCUCGAUCAGUUGUAAAGUGUAAUUAAAGCGUGAAAGAUUUUGAUUUGAUGAAGAUUAGGCUUUAAACAAUCUCAAACAUGCUCAGACAUUGCUGGUAUUGCAGAGCAAACGUAUAUUUCACGCGGCUCGUGUGCGAAGUUUAUCAUUUUAAGCUGUCAAUUUGUAUCGGAUAAUAGAAAGUGAUAAUUUACAGUAUACGUGAAAUAUUGAACAUAAUGAAUUACAUUAAAGUUUUUUUGAUUUUAAAUUGUAUAACUGGAUGGAUGGAGUGUGAUGCGUAUCGAAUUCUUGGAGUUUUUCCAUUCGCCGGAAAGAGUCACAAUAUAAUAUUCGAAUCUCUCAUGAAAGGUCUGGCAAAACAUGGACAUCAAGUGGACGUUGUGACACAUUUUCCGUUAAUGGAACCUAUAAAAAAUUAUAAUGACAUAAUCAACUUGAACGGAACCAUGGAGAAUCUUGUGAAUAAUUAUACAGUUGAAUUUAUUAAUCAAAUUUCUGGUGAAAUUGUUGAUCUGAUAGCACUUUCUUAUGGAAACAGAAUUUGUGAUUUCAUGGGUUUACCAGAGAUGCAAAAAUUAAUAAAAGGCCCACGAAAAAAUUCUUCAUAUGAUGUUGUAAUAACAGAGUUAUUUGGAGCAAACUGUUACAUAGGAUUAGGUCGUGCUUUUAAAGUACCUGUAGUAGCAUUGUCUUCUGCCAUAGAAUAUCCAUGGGUUGCACAUUUAAUAGGCAACGACGAUAAUCUUGCUUAUGUGCCAAAUGCAUAUCAUAUUGGAGUUGGAAGAAUGAAUUGGUGGGAACGUUUAAAUAACGUCUACAGUCAUUACAAAGCAUUGCAUAGAUUUCACUCGUUAACCGAAGAAAGUCAAACAGAGUCCAUGAGAAAAUAUAUAAGCCCUCAAAUGCCAAGUAUUCGAGAAGUAGAGCGAGAAAUUUCGUUAGUUUUGGUGAACAGUCAUCCAAUUUUGUUUGGCGUCAAACCACUUAUUCCUGGCUUAGUCCAAAUUGCUGGUUUGCACGUUGAAGAAAGUGACGAGGUUUUACCUCAGGAGCUAGAAAAAUGGUUAAAUGAAAGUACAGAUGGGGUCGUUUAUUUUACGCUAGGGUCAAUGGUUUUAAUAGAAACUUUACCAACUGAUACUUUAAAACAAAUCUACAAAUCAUUCGAAAAAUUAGCACCCAUGCGAGUUUUAGUAAAAAUUGUAAAUAGAUCGAACUUACCUCCAGGAUUGCCAAAAAAUGUUAAAGCUCUACCUUGGAUACCUCAACAACCAGUCUUAGCACAUAAAAAUAUGAGAAUUUUUAUAACCCAUGGUGGUCUUGGUGGUCUUAUUGAGGCCCUUUAUUACGGAGUACCAAUGAUUGGAAUACCAUUGUUCAGUGAUCAAUUUCGUAAUGUUGAAGCAUUUGUGGCGAAGAGGAUGAUGAUUCCAAUAAAAUUAACCGAAAUCAACGAAAAAAAUUUGGACAACGCGUUCAAUUGUUUGAUCAAUGAUAUUACAUACAAGAAUCAAGCCAUCUAUUAUUCGAAACUAUUUAAAGAUCGACCAGUUAGUUCAAUGAAUAAUGCGAUAUUCUGGAUAGAAUAUGUCAUCAGAAAUGGGAACGUAUUAAGAUCACCAGCUCUUGAUUUCUAUUGGUGGCAAUUGGCAUUACUCGAUAUUUAUGGCCCUAUGUUCGUACUUUCUUGCAUUGCUAUUUUUGGCAAUUUUUUGAUUAUAUAUAAUUUAUUUUUUAAAAACUCUAACUUGGAUGUAAAAAAUGGACAAUAUGAUGAAAAAAGUUACUCAAUCAUUAAAACUAAAAAAAAUUAAGUAGAGUCAUUUAAAGAUAACUAAAUCUGGGAAAUUAAUAUCAAUAUAAAAAUUAAUAUCAAUAGCUGAAAACUCUUAUUUGUAUGUUCUUUGUAUAUCUUUCACGAAGAAAAUCGUUUCCGUAUGAAA